GGUCGCCUUGAGCGCCAGUUUCGCCCUCUUCGUCUGCUCUAGCCGAUCUUCGGCAGAGGAUAUGCGCUUGUUUGCAAAGCUCUCGAGAAAAGCUUGCAACUUGUCCUGCCAAAACUCUUUCUCUUUCGCCUGGUUGAGGAAGGGGAAAUUUCGUACAUGGUGUACGAAGAUAUAGCGUAGCAAUGGCAAUUCGGAGUCUUGAGGUGCAACUUCGCCAGCGUCUGAUCGGAAGGGCGCUCCAAAGCGUUGUAGUGCAGUUGGAUGUGAAAGUUCCUUAAUCUCCCAUUGAGUCUGAUUGGAAAUAAGUUCACGCUUGAGGUAGUGCUCCUGCUUGCCGGUCAAGAUGGAGCCUGGCGGUGGUACGGAGGCCAUAGUGGAUAUGGUGGCCGCAGAGGGGCGGUUCCUAUGCAACUGCUGCCGUCGCUCCUGCUGCAGCUGCGCCUGCGCAAUCUGCUCGUCGGCGGUCUCUGGGGCCUCAACGAAAUAUUGGCUCUCGAUGGUAUCGGUCCGCCGUGGGCCAGCAGGCGGCGAGGCAGGCGUGACGUCAAACUUGACUCCAUUCUGCUGCUGGACAUCCUGUGCCAGCGCCAGCGUACCAUUGGCAUGCGGCUCCAUCGAGGCGGGUAUUGCGGUGUUGGAAAGCGGCUGCUGCUAACGAAAGUGGAUGCCAAAUGAAGGUAGGAAUGGGACUCAGGGCCACAGGGCGCCGGCGGCGAGGGAGGAAAUGCUUGCUGGUUCCGACGCUUCUAAUCAGAGCACAGAGCACCGCCUGCAGAAGACCGGGUCGGCUGCACCUGCUGCCCAACUAAACCAAACGACCAAGAGCCCAAGAGCCCUGCCGUCUGGGCGCAGCACGCGCCUGACAUUUCAGCACUUGCACCAAAUACGAGCGGUGACAUGGUCGUGGGAGAUUUACACGACCUCGACAAUGGUGGUGAUCAACACAUCAACCACCUGGCAGAAAAAAACCCCUCCUCCACCAACAGCCAGCAUCCUUGAUUCCUCACUGCACAGCGAAAAUACCUCUUGGCCGCCAGGCCCACUCGUAAGCACGCCGUCAUCGUCUCAUUGGCGACUGACCUUCACAAUGCUAGCCAUCAGAACAACCCGCCAAGACGGAAAGGGAUGCACCAAGUAUGCACCAAACCUGGCUUGGCCGCAUGGAAAGCACAGCAUGACCAUCGAGCGUGCAAACCAGACAUACAUGCCGCGUAAUCUCCUCCGCGUCCAACCGCUCCACCCGCCUUGCAGAAAGAUUGCUCCCAAGAUAGCGUGUGCCCAGAAAUUUGAUUUGUGCGGGUUAGAUGGUAAGAUCGAUUAUUGGGAGCGAGACCCUUCCAUUCGGGCCAUAUCAACCGCAGACUCUCAGCAAGCUCCUCGCAAGACCUCCUCCUAG